GAGGCUCGGCGAGCACCAAUGGUCGUCGUGGAUCCUCAGUCACGUGACGUGCGUGUUGAACCAGCAGCAGGAACAUUGCAAAUGACAAGACCAAGACCAAGCCAGCGUCGGGCUCUCGUUGUCGUUUUUAAAUAAAAUAAGUGAUCCGUGUGUUCCCGGUCCCUAUAAUAAUUUGUUGCUGGCGAUAAAAUUCCAUAGUGGGUUUCGACUUACUCAACUUAUAAACUCUCCUCUGGCUUCCAGUGAUAGUCCUGGUUAUCGCACGUCUCCGUAAGUCCGUACUCUGCUCUCUGGUGUAAUGCGUGUUGUGUUUACGGUGGUGUUACGGUAAUGACUAGUGAAUAGUGGUUAAAAAAAAUUGAUCCAAUCAUGUCGGAAUUAAAUAACUUUAAGACCAAAGGACGAUAGAGAUUUCUGUGCAAUGUUUCAAGUUUAGUUGGAGAAGCCUUGUAAAAAAAAUAUAUACAUCUAUAUAUAUACAUAUAUAUAAACACACACACACACACACACACAUAUAUAUAUACAUAUAUAAAUAUAUAUAGAUAUAUUGUGGUAAACGUGAUUGUGUGCCGUGUGUUGGCUUCUCCUCCAUCAUAUUCUCCUCUCUCUACCACCGCUCCGGCGCCUUCACCUUGUCCUGUAACUGCGUGUGUUGGUCCCACUCGCGGGACCCGCUCCAACUCGUUUUUUAACAUUUUUUUUAUUCAUUUUAUUUAUUAUUUUAUUUUAUAUAUAUAUAUAUAUUUUAUUUUUUUUUUUACUAUACAUAACACAUUGGUGAAUUGGCAGCUUGGUUAUCUUGAACAAUUUGAGUUGUGGACGUGUGUAAGUGUAUCGCUGGCCCUCUGGGUUCCUCAGCGGAGGUAACCAUCGCCAUCACCAUCAUCGUCGGCAUCAUCGCCAUCGCAACCGCUAACCCAGUGUCUUAUUAAUAAUAAUAAUAAUAAUAUUAUUAUUAUUAUUAUUGUUGUUGUUAUUGUUGUUGUUGUAAAUAAUCUAAAGUUAUAACAAUGUCGGGAUCACAGCGAAUGCGUAAAUCGUCGCCAUGCUCGACAACAAAGCAGGGUCCGAUGCGAGCAACAUUGCCGGUAAGCUCGUUGUUACGACAAAGCCGACAAGGAAGCAAUCUAAGGAAGAGUAAUAGCAAUAGCCCGACAGUGUCGCCUACUAACGCGAACGCGUGGCGAGCAAGAAUUUCACCGGAGACAUCAGCAUCCUCUGGACAACGUAGUCCUGGUUCGCUUUCAUACAAAGCUAAAUCAAAGACACUGAGUGGACGAUGCAGUGAGGGAUUGAGCGGUAACCAAAAUAUACGGAGGACAGCAUCCCUUGACACUAUUUACCUUAAGGGACAAUGGCCUCGUGAUUAUUCUUACAUUCACGCAAGUCUCCUGCUCGUUGAUAAGUCCACGCAAACAGAAGAGUGGUCCCAACAAAAUGAGCCCAGAAAAUUACACAACCGACACCCUGCUGAGCCAACUAAUCCCGAUGACAAGAUACCCAUGGAGAAAUAUAUUCGCCACAGAUUACAAAGGACAAAUAAAGAAAGCAGCAGUAGUAGAGAAAGAACUGCUGCAUUUGGAUUAAUAAUGCCCGGUGGUCCACCACCAGCCCUUCCUGGUGAUCAUACAGUUAUGCUAGGAAGUAUUGGUUCCCAGACAUCAAUCCAAAACCAAUUCAACCUGAGUACAAAAGCAAGCCCAAUGAACAUACCAAUGAAACCAAUGAGGCCGCCAAUGCGUUCCUCAAUUGAAGGUUUGAAUCAAGAAAUCGAAGGACUUGUAUUAAAAUCAACAUCUAAUACUAAUGAAGAGCAUUCUGUUGAAGACAAGUAUGCAAGAUACCGGGAACAAAUAACACCAGAAGGUCACCGUGCACCUUUGGCAGAUCUCUUAAGAGCAACAAGGAGUGUGAACACGCAGACGCCGGCAACAGACCUUCCCUCCAGUUCGUAUUCUUCAGGUGGAAGCCGCGGAUCAACUCCAGAGCAAGAGAGAGAAGGACGUCUGGGUACGUCACCACACAUCAAUAGGUUCCUAGCACGAGAACCUCCAGAUGGUUGCGAAAAAGUUAAUACAAAAUUCCUCGAGGAUGCUAGACGGCCGAUGAUAGACAUCAGCAAGUUAGAUUACUGCCCGAAGCCAUGUGUUAAUUUUCAAUUGAAGCCAAGUUUGGGUUCAGCUUUCCUGCCACUUCAGCAGCCGGCCAAUCCUACAAUGGUGACAAGUAGCGUGUCACCGUCAUCGCACACGACGUCGGCAACACCACCACCUCCAAAUCCAUAGUCCCGACCCGUACCUUGCAGCCUUGAGACCUGCGUCAACGUGAGUGGUUUAUACAUUUAUUUUAUUCUGUAAUACGACUGGUGAACUGACGACAGAUCAUUAAUAUUAAUAAUUAAUUAAUUAAUUAAUAAUAAUAACAAUAAUAAUAUUAAUAUUAAUAAUAAUAAUAAUAAUAAUAAUAAUAAUAAUGAAUAAUGAUAAUAAUAUUAAACAAGAUUGAGAAACCUCGUGGUAAGGUGACUGAUUUGAAUAAACUCCGCAGCGUGCAUGACUCUUUCAUUGUGAAGUUACCCAAGGAAACCCAGUGCAAAAAUUCAUAAUGAAAAAUAUAUAUUUAAACAAAGUAAAUAUAUAACAAUUAUAAUAAUAAGGAAUUAUUAAAUGGAGUUGAGUUAUUAAAUUACUUAUUAUUAAUUAUGAAUAUAUAAUAAUAAUAAUAAUGAUGAUAAUGAUAAUAUUUAAGUAAUUGAUUGAAUGAUGAGUCGACAUGAGUGAUUUCGUAAGCAUUUCAAGAGUUUUUUACAAUAUCAAGCAAACGGUGGAUUCGAUUGUCACGUGAUAAUGACUUUAGUUGAUGGAAGGAAGGCAAGUUUCAUUUAUAAAUUAUGUACUGAAUGGAAGAGUCCUGUUGAAUAUUAAAUACAAUAAAUGCUAAAAAAUAAAAUAAUAAUAAUAAAUAUAAAUAAAAAGUUUAUGGAUUACGAGAAAUAAUAAUUUGUGAUAAUUGAAAACAACGUUUAGGAAUAAACAUUGUGUUCUUCAGGAAAAAAAGACUAAUGAUUAUUAAAAAAAAAAAAAAUAAAAUAAAAUAAAUCGUGUAUUCUAAAUUUAGCGCUACAAAUGUGCUGAACAACUUUAGUUUUGUAUACAAGGAUUGAUGAUUAAAAUUUCUAAGUAUUAACAUUUGAAUGUUGGACAAAAAAUAAUAAUAAUAAUAAUAAUAAUUAUUAUAAACUAUGCAGAGUGUACCGCGGUGUACGUAAAUAAAUAAUAAUAAUAAUAAUAAUAAUAACUUUUUUUUCAAAGCCUUCUGAUCACUUGAAAUAUUAAAAAAAAAAUGAAAGCUCAUUGACACGAAUCAAUCGCGCAUUGGCAGUUUUAAGUUUGUUAUUAAGUUUUGUAUUAUUAUUUUUUAUAAUAUUAACAAUACAUUCAUUUAUUAUUAGCGUACUUUAGUAUCGCGAGUUUACUGUAUCCCUAUGGUAUAUAUUUAUAUAUAUAUAUUAAAAUGUAAUGAUAUUUUUGGUUGGAUAUUGGAUUAUGUUGAAGCUGUUUUUAAAAUAAUCAACAAAAGGGUCCAAUAAAAAUUAUAUUUCUUAUUUUAUUUAUUAAUUGAUUUUAGUUUUUGUAAUUAUAUUAAUUGAGACCAUAGGGCUACCGUGGCUACCUGAUUUAUAGUUUUAAAUUUAACUUGAUUUAUUACGACAAUAUUAAUUAUUAAUUAGUUGAUCAAGUUUUAUGUGGACACAUGCAAUGACAGGUCAACGAAUGGGAUUAACUUUAUUUAAAUAAUCGCUGAACAAAUAGACAAUAUUUUUUUUAUAUUAUUUCUUUAUUGUGAAAGCAUAAAAAUUUUUAGUGAUUAUGGAGUUUUUUUUUUAUAAAUUAAAUUUUAAAAAAUAUUGACUCGAAUUUUUUUUUUCAUUUAAAACUACAUAAUUACCAAAAAUUUAAUAAAUUAAUAAAAUAGCAACACUCGUGUUUUAAAAUUAUAAAUAAAUUCGCGGAUAACGUUUUUAAAAUAUAAACAAAAAUGAAAAUACAUAAAGCAACUACCUCGUUGUCUGCCUUGCCUACGAGUCUAAUAAUUAAUAUUUGCUCUUAUCUCAUUUUCUCAUUUAAUUAAAUUCAAAAAUCAUUUAUUAAUUUAAAAAGAAAAAGAAAUCAAACAAACAAACAAACAAACGUUAUUCGCGACUGAUUUAAAAUUAAUUAAUUGAUAGUUUCAAUUAUAAUUAUUAACAUUAUUAAUUAAAUAUCGAAAAUUUCUAACACAUGUACCUGGCCCACUGAUUAAUGCUCGCAAUUUUUUUUUUUUUUUUUU